AUGAUUUAUAUAGGUUUAGCAUUACCAUUUCUUAUACCACCAUGGCAUUUGUCAACUAUUCGAAUUGAUUUACACGUUGUUGGUACUUUACUCAUUAUUACUGGUAUUUUAUAUUUUAUAAAAACAUUUAAAUAUAAAGAGAAUAAUCCGGAUGAAAUAAAUGAAGAUACUACUAUUCUCAGUGCAUCGAAUUCAUUUUCUCAACCAUCAGUUUCAACACAAACAGUAACAACUAUGGGAAUUAAUAGUGAUCAAGAUAUGAAACCAUAA